CGGCAGGUACGUUCACGAACUACGCAUGACGUACAUCUCCACGAUUUGCUGACUACAACGGCAGGUUCACGACGUAACGUGGGCCGGAGAGUUUCAUCCAGCACCGGCCGCCGCCGGGAGGACCGAUGCGCGGCGACUAACCGUGGAACCUGGAAAAGCUACCGCGCCGAAGUCACAGCUGCUGUUGCUUGCUGGUCGUCGUCUUCGCCGACCUGACCACCACGCAAUGUUGACCAAUCCACUGCAGAUUUGUUCUUGCGCCCGCCAGUCAAAAGAAAGUGCAGCGAGAAAAAAGCAGGGAUGGGCAUGAAUCGGAUAGCUGGAUGAAUUUGACCGCAAAAGCUUCAGCUGUUUUGGAAAGCAACAUAAAUUUCUGCUCAUUCUAAAGAUUUGUUCUUUACUGCUAUAACCAAGUCGAUUAGUACGUCUUUAUUAACUUGUAACGUCCAUCGAGGUCCAUCCAUUGCACUUGUCGUCCAUGGCCACGCACACGCCGCAACCGCAGGACCUCGCGAGCAAUGGCGGCGACCCGCACGUGCUUCUUGUGCCGUACCCGGCGCAGGGACACAUGCUCCCGCUCCUCGACCUGGCCACGCUGCUCGCCGAGCGAGGCCUCGCGGUCACCGUCGCCGUCACGUCCGGCAACGCCGCGCUGCUGGCGCCGCUGCUCCGCGCCUGCCCGUCCGCGGCCGUGCUCGCGCUGCCCUUCCCGCCGUCCUCGCCGCUGCUCCCGCCGGGGAGCGGCGAGAACACCAAGGACCUCCCGCGCCACCUCUUCCGCCCCUUCAUGGCCUCGCUCGCGGCGCUCGGGCCGCCGCUGCUCGCCUGGUGCCACGCGCAGAGCCGGCACGGACGCCGCGUGACGGCCGUCGUCUCCGACUUCUUCACGGGCUGGACGCAGCCGCUGGCCAGGGACCUGCGCGUGCCGCACGUCACCUUCUCCCCCUCCUCCGCGCUCCACCUCGCCAUGUCGCACGCGCUCUGGCGCAGCCCGCCGACGAGGCACCUCGACGACGAGGCGGUCACGUUCCCGGAGGUCCCCGGCUCGCCUACCUUCCCGUGGCGCCACCUCUCGGGCCUGUUCCGGCAGUACGCGGCGGGGGACGAGGUGUCCGAGGCGAUCCGGCAGCUCUUCCUCUGGAACCUGGGCAGCGACUGCUUCGUCGCCAACACGUUCGCGGCGCUGGAGGCGGACUGCGUGACGCGGCCGCUCCCCGACCUGGCGUCCAAGCGGGUGUUCGCGGUGGGCCCGCUGUCGGACGCCAGCGCGUCGGCCGACCGCGGCGGGGAGCCCGCGGUGGCGGCGGCGCGGGUGUCCGCGUGGCUGGACGCGUUCCCGGACGGCUCCGUCGUGUACGUCAGCUUCGGGACGCAGGCGGCGCUGUCGGCGGCGCAGGCGGCGUCCGUGGCGGACGCGCUGGCGCGGAGCUCGGCGGCGUUCGUGUGGGCGGCGAGGGCGGGCACCGCGGUGCCGGAGGGGUUCGAGGCGCGCACGGCGCCGCGGGGGCUGGUGAUCCGCGGCUGGGCGCCGCAGGUGGAGGUGCUGCGCCACCGCGCCGUGGGCUGGUUCCUCACGCACUGCGGCUGGAACUCCGUGCUGGAGGCGGCCGCCGCCGGGGUGGCCAUGCUGGCGUGGCCCAUGGGCGCCGACCAGUUCACGGACGCGCGGCUGCUCGCGGAGGCCGGCGUGGCCGUGCCCGUGGCGGAGGGCGCCGACGCCGUGCCCGACGCCGGGGCGAUGGCGGCCGCGAUCGCAAAGGCCGUCGGGAAUGAGUGGGGGGCCGUGAGGGAGCGCGCGGACGAGCUCGGGCGCAUGGCGGCGGCGGCGGUGGCGGAGGGCGGGAGCUCGCACAGGGACCUGGAGGAGUUUGUGCAGAUGCUGCUGACCGCCAGCUUUCACUGCUGAUGCUCCAUGGAAUUGUAGUUGCAACCGUCACCGCCAUUGCAGGCCGGGCCUAGGCUAUAAGCAUAUAGUUAUGUGCCUAAUUUUUGGUUCACCAGCCCAUGUGGAAUUUUUUCCGUUCGGCCCAAGUGCAUCGCAACCCAUAUUUUUAUUC